AUGAGCAAUCGCAAAGGAAGUGAUGAGAAUCUUUGUAAUGAAAAGAUUGAUCAAGAUGAAAUUGAUGCUUUACUUGAAGAAGCGGAAGAAUUUAUUGAAAACUAUGAAAAUGAGCACACCAAAAAUGUUGAAGAACAGACAGAAGACAGGAGUGUUGCAAGUAUUUAUGAACGAUUGAGACGGAGAAAUGAUGAUGAUGAAAAAUAUCAGAAUGAUGAAGAUUUGAAUGAAAAGAUUCAAGAAAUUGAAGAAGACAUACAGAAAGACAAGGAAGAUGUCGAAUCGCUUAACGAUGAAGAACAAAUCAAGGAAACCCAUGAAACAUAUGAGGAAAAUGACGAUUUAAUUGAUCGAAUUCAAGAUGAAAUCAUAGAAUGA